UCAUAACAACUUAGUAGAGACCGAGGAAGCUAAAACAUAGGAAUAACCAUUGAAGUUUUGCUUUUCCUUGUCUUUUUUCCUUCUUCAAUUUUGAAAGGACAAGAGAAACCAACUAAGAUGUGAAGAAGUGUUCCAAACCUCUCAAAACAACCCUUCCUAAGAAAUAAAGUAAAUCAAAAUUUAUCAAUCAAUGAACAUAAUUUCAUCUCUUUCUUUGUUACUGUCUCUUCAUGUACUUGUUGUAAAUGCCGAUCCACAAAUAUUCGAUGUGACGCAAUUUGGAGCCAAAUCAGAUGACCUAACAGACAUUAGUCUGGCAUUGACAAAUGCAUGGGCCAAAGCUUGUGCAUCGGCGACGCCAAGCAAAGUAUUGAUCCCCGCCGGGAAAUAUGUGGUGGGAACGGUGGGGAUGGAAGGGCCUUGCAAGAGCGAGGUCCAUGUCCAAAUCGAUGGCUAUUUGAAGGCCCAGAUCGUGGGCCUCAGGCGCCUGAGUUGGAUCACGUUCUCGGGCCUAAAAAAUCUGGUCUUGUUUGGCUCCGGCACCCUCGACGGCCAAGGCCCCACGGCGGCGAAACUGCCUGAGAAUCGCAAGAACAAAGUUGGCAUGCCACUUGCUGUGAAUCUGCGAUUGGAGUCCAUCACCAACGGCCUAAUCGAAGGCCUAACGUCCAAAGACAGCCGCAGCUUCCACGUCCACAUCUCCCGCUCGAGCAACAUCACCGUCCGCGGCCUCACCGUCACGGCGCCGCCGGACAGCCCCGACACCGUCGGCAUAUACCUCCGGCGGACCCACCGGGUCAACAUCUCGGACGUCGCCAUCGCCACGGGGGACCACUGCAUCAACCUCGCCGACGGGUCGCAGCAGGUGAACGUCCGGAACGUGACGUGCGGUCCCGGCGGCCGGACCGGGAUCCUCGUCGACAGCCUCGGGAAGACUCCCGACGAGGAGAAGGUGAUGGACGUCGCGGUGACGAACUGCAGCUUCCACGGGACCGGCGGCGGCGUGAGGAUCGAGGCGGUGCCGGGGACGAUCAACACCGCGAUGGAUAUCACGUUCGAGGAUUUGGUCAUGGACAAAGUUGAGAAUCCCAUUAGCGUUGAUCAGAAGUUUUGCCCUGUUCAGUCCUGUGAAAAGGUGGAACCGAAGGUGACAAUAAAGGAUGUGAGCUUCAAGAACAUCAAGGGGACUUGUGCAUCGCCAUUGGCCAUAGACAUUUCGUGCAGCAGUGCUUCCUUCUGUAAAAAUUUGGAGCUUGCUGAUAUUGAUCUUAAGCCUGUUGGUACUGCCGCUGGGCCAACAGCACAAACCUUGAAAUCUCAAUGCACCAAUGUUAAGGUCAUAAAGUCUGGAUUAGUUAGCCCAGAUGGGUGUUAAUUAAUGAUCAAAAUUAAUCAAGACAAUGAAUUAACCUUGUAAUAGUACUUAUUUGUGGCUUGAUAUUUGUAGUUCUUUUACUCUUUUUUUUGGCACAAAACAACAAUGUGUGUAGCUAGUAAAUUGUUUGAUAACUCUAUGAAUUACACAACAUAACAUAUUGAUUAAGUAGUAGGGUAUACAUAAACCGUGGCGAUUGUGGUCUUGUGAUACAUGAUUCAGAAAGUCAUAUUUUUGUAGAGUUUGCUUUCAUAGUUUGAUUUUCACCCCCUGAAUGAUACGUGCAUAUACUAAAAGGGAAGUGGAUUAUACAUCCCAAAGGAUUCGAGUUGGCAUGACUAACAUGGAGGAACAAUCUAUGAAUGUAACGCACCAUAAGUUAUAGUUAUUAAUAUGAUGUAACAAUGCCGACAAUUUCUAGGUGUGGUUACAUCUCCAUUAAUUAGAGUUAACCCCAAUCAAAUUGCCGGUCAAGUGGAACGUGCACUAAUUGCAUAUUUGACUUGACUUGAUCUUAAGGAUAAACGGAUUUAAAGUUC